CAUGUUGCUAACAAUGCACAACUCACAAAGGAGCUCUGCGAUUUCAGAAAUCAUUACGGCAUCCGUGAUGACUUCGAGUACCAAAACUUGUUCUGUCGCCGCCUUGCAGAAAACGAUUUCAACUGUCGGCAGUUAUUCUAUGCCAACAGCACCGUCAAAGAUUUUGUUCAACGUAACAUGGCAAAUGUGUCGAUACAAAAUGCGGGUAUGAAGAUGUUCAGCCGAAAUGAACAAAAAGUUGAAGCAACACGGUUUCGCCUUUCUCAGGAAGGUAUCCGUCACCUUCUUCCUUAUAUGGAUAAACAGAUAGUUAAAAUCAACCAAGAUGACAUGCUAAAGAUUUUGAAGACGGAAGAAACAAUGAUACCGCUGGAAUCUCUUCAAUGUAAAGACGCCAUACGAGCACAAAGCCCAGGAAGCCUUGUUUUAUACACGGACCGCGCGGAUCCUGUUUGCACAUGGGUUGGAUACCACACAGUAGCACCCUAUGUGGGGAAAGAAGAGCGAGUCCACAUGUUGCGCAUGAUGGGAGUCGACUGCUCGGAAAUCGAAGAAAUGAUGAGAUCAAAACGGAAGCAGAAGGUUAUUUCCUUUUUUUUUGCCUCGCCUUGGGUAUAA